AUGCAUUUUUUUCAAACAAAUCUAAAAGGUCAUCGACGUCUACGAUGGGAACGUUUUUGGCCAGCAUCAUUAAUAAAUCUAAUUGCUAUUAUUGAAUUAUUAUUAACCGGUGUUAUUCUUUGUCUUGAAUUUUGGAGUAUGAUUACUAAUAUAAGAUAUUCAUUCUUUUUUCUUGGUUUUAUAGCAUCAUUUAUUUCUAUUAUAACUUGGAUAUCGACAUUUCCACUUGGUUGUUGUUGUCGAAAUUCAUCCAGAUGUGCAACAUAUGUAUUAAUUUUACAUAUUAUUUCAAUUGCUGCAUCAAGUGUUCUUCUAUAUUAUGAUAUUUCAUUUCUUCGUAAUCCUUAUACAUGUUUAUGGCCAAAAAACUUAUGUAAUGAAGGAUUGACAAAUCUGAAAUUUUUUAAUAUUACUAUUAAUGCUAGUCAAAAUAUGCAUUGGAUUAAGUUUACUUUAAUUAAAAUACAAAUUGGUUGUGCAGCUGCUAUGAUCGCUACGUGUUUAGUUUAUAUUCUAAUUUAUAUUUAUACUAAUAUUAGAGUUUAUGCAAAAAAUACAGUUGCCGAUCCACAUACAACUAUUGAACUAGGUCGAAUACAAUCACCACCACCUCCACAUUGGCCAGAGGCACCAAGAGAAUCACUUGCUGACUCUGAAUUUUGA